AAUAGGGUUGUGGUGUCGGAGUUCGGGCGGUUUCUCCUAGGGGCUCCGUCACCGUCUGGCUUUCCACGUCCACGUAAGGCGCUUCUAGGGUGGGCUAGUGGCGCGGGGGACUAGCAGGGUGGCCGUCGGAGCCACUGGCGCCAGAUGCCUGCAGGACUAGGCCGCACGGCAAGCGCCGUGCAGCACGGGUGUCGGGUUCGGAGGUUGCGGGUGGCCGACAGGCUGCGGUAGGGGACGCGGUGGCUGUGCAGCGGUCCGAAUUGGACCGGCUGCACUGCUACUGCAGCGCUAUGGAGAAGUGCUUGGCGGGCGGGAGAAUGAGCAAGCCUUGGGAUGGGAGUGGAAAAGAGGCGGCAGCCAGUCGGCCUGCCUCUGUCGCUGCUUGCUGCUGCCGUGUCCCGCUGGGAAUGGAGGACGGAGGAGCACUGGGUCAGUCCGAUUGCGGCUCCUGGUUGGAUUUUACUAAGGGAGGAGGAAAGCGGAGCGACAGAGAGUGGAUGAGGGAAGGAGGAAUAGGAAAGCAUAAGUGGGAUGGCUGGAUGAGCAGAGUGAGAGAUGGGGGCUAGGGGUAAUGUCAGCAGCCUGCGUGGGGAGAGCAGCAGAAAGAGAAUGGUGGGAGAAGGAGGAAGCUCUGGUUACAGAGGGGAGGGGAUGUAAAAUCGUGAACCGUACCUGCUGCGGGGUGAGGCGCCUUGUUCCAGACUACAAGAACUCCACGCUUCACCUGGCUCUACUUUCCCUGCAGGCAUCCUUUGGGAGUUCGAGUCCAGUUGGCUCCUUAUCAUCUGAGGAUCAUGACUUUGACCCUUCUGCUGAAAUGCUGGUUCAUGAUUAUGAUGAUGAGCAAACUCUCGAAGAGGAGGAAAUGACAGAAGAAAACAAAAAUUUCAGUUCUGAAAUUGAAGAUUUAGAAAAGGAAGGAAACAUGCCAUUGGAAGAUUUACUGGCAUUCUAUGGAUAUGAACCCACAAUUCCAGUUAUGGCAGGCUCCAGUGUGAACAGCUCUCCAAGUGAACUUGCAGAUGAACUUCCAGAUAUGACUUUAGAUAAAGAGGAAAUAGCUAAAGACCUCUUGUCGGGUGAUGAUGAAGAAACACAGUCCUCUGCUGAUGACUUGACACCAUCAGUUACUUCACAUGAGGCUACAGACUUCUUUCCACGGCCAUUAAGAUCAAACACUACUUGUGAUGGAGAUAAAGGAUCAGAUGGUGAAGAUGUGGAGGUAGACAGUGGUAAUACAUCCGAAGAUUUGAGAAAGGAAAUAAUGGUUGGUUCAAAGUAUCAAGCUGAAAUUCCACCUUACCUUGGCAGGUGUACUGAUGAUGAAAAGGGUAAGUUCUGCUGACUGUUUCACUUUUUAUCUUAACAGUAGCAAUUGAUGAAAAAAUAUUAUAUAAAUUUUUAAAGUCAAGUCUAUGUCUUAGUUAAAAUUUGAGAUGUUAAAAACACAAGAAAAUGGAAGUGAUACACCCAAAUAAUUAUUUUCAGAAAUGUGAUUAUACAACUCUGAGAGGACAUAAUGAAAAUGAUAUAGGAGGGUGGACUGCAAUGUUAAUUCCAGAGUAUCUACUAAUCUUAAGAGGCAAUAAAUGGUGGGUCAAGAAAGAAAUAGUUUUCUCGGACUGUCAUAAUAGGGCCAUGAGUGUGCAACUUAGCAGUCUUAGAAGAUUGAGAAGAUCUUCAAAUUAGUGAGUUUUGGUUGCAAAUACAGCUUAAAAACUGAAAAGGGGCUAGAAAAGAAAAAAAUGACAGGUUCUUGAUUUUUGCAUGCUGAAAAGACUUCACUAUGAUUAAAGUGUAGCACAUAAAGCUGUGGAAUUAAAAUAAACAUGUAUAGACAAUUAAAAGGAUGGAAAGAGAGAAGGGAGGGAAAGAGAG